GCAGGAGGGCGUUCCACUGAACAACACACACACAUACACAUACACACACACACACUGUGCGGAAUUAUGCCAGUGGACGGAGGCGCUGUUUCUUAUUUAGAUGCGGAUACAUUUUAGAAGGGUGUUUUUUUUUUUUUUUUUUUAAUAUUCGGGCCUUCCUUGAUGUUCGUCUUCCUGGUGGUACCACUGCCGGGGGAAAGGCGACAGAGGAGGCCAGGCUCGAAGACAUGGAGGCCAGCCCCGCCGUCCUUGCAGAGGGAGUGAGCUGUAGGACGGGGUGAUUCUUUUUGGGUGUUGUCCCCCCUAGAAUGGACCCCUCUCACAUUGGUGGGGAUAUGUCGCCUUUGUAUGUGCCAAGGAAGAGGAAGUCUACCCAAUCACAACCAAAAAGCGGAGUGCCAUGUCCAGUUCAGCAAAUGCCAGAAAGAGCCUGUGAUUUUAAUGCAGUUGGAUUCUCUAAGAAUGAUAAUCCUCACGCCCGAGAUGCUCUAAAGAUGAAAAGAACAUAUGGUAGAAAAAGGUAUGAGGACCUCCAAAGUGUUUCCAUAGGAACGGUAGAAUACCCAUCCACCAGCUGCUCAGUGAUGUUAUCAGGUGGUCUAGCCAAUGGGGCAGACUCAGGCUCAGUGGCUCCGCCCACUGCAAGGCUGCCCCCAAGAAUGGUGACAAAAGAUUCAUGGCCCCAAAGCUCAGAGUCCAGAAGGGAGGCGUCCCAGCCCCAGGACCAGAGCUGGAACUCCAGCCGAGGCCCGAGCUCGGAGGCCUGGGAGCCCGGCCGAGAGCAAGGAGCGCAGGAGCCGGGGUGGAGCUCCAGCAGAGAUCGAGCAGGACAUUCAAGUCAAAAUACGUGGAUUCCAGGCCGGAACAGAGCUCGUACAGGACCAGAUCAGACAUGGAUAACGGGCCAAGACCGAGGUUCAGAGCAGGCCUGGGCAGCCAGCAGAGAAAGAGGACACAAUCAGACCUGGAACAUGGGCGGGGAUCCGGGAAGAGACCACCCCCCCUCUGGAUCAGAGCAGGGAUGGAUCAGUGGGCGUGGCCAAGACCAGGCAUGGAGCAACACAAGUAGAGACUCAGAGCACAGAGGACAUGUCUGGAGACCAGGUUCGGAUGCAGCCAGUGUUGGGAGUCCUCAGAACAAUCCAGAAGCCUCCACAGCUCCGCCCAGUGACGAGCAGAAACCGCUAGAAUUUCCCACCAAGAAGGAGCCUCCCACCUACCCCCCUGGAAGCCAAGAGGAAUGUUGGCAGCUCCAGAUUGUGGCCAAAGGCAGAGUGACAUGUCCGAAAUGUAAAAGUGUGAGCAGAAAGACAGUGGAAGGGCUGAAGAAACACAUGGAGAACUGUAGACUGCAACCUUUUACCUGUCAACACUGUGGGAAACAGCUCAAGUCUUCAACAGGAAUGAAGUAUCACAUCAUGGCAGACCACAGCCACUUGCCUUCAGCAGAUGAUGCCAAGGACCUGGAUGACCGGGCUAUCAAAGACAAACUGCGUAAAAUCCUGAAGAGACUUGGGAAAUUAAAGUGCUCCAAAGAGGGUUGUAACGCUGCCUUCACCAGCAUCAUGGGCUACGUGUACCACAUGAAGAAAUGUGGAAAGGAGGAGUCUGAGCUGGAGAAGAUGCUGCUGAAUUGCUCUCAUUGUGGGAAAUCAUACAAGUCCAAGGCUGGUCUUGAAUACCACCUUAAAUCAGAGCAUGCUCCGACACCACUGAAGACUGAGGAAGACGAGGUGCUCAAGGCCGAGAGGGAGGCGAACCCAGAGAGGACGGCUAGUGGGCGAGUGCAGAGGGCGUCGGCACAGGUAGCAAACUUUCACCUGGCCGAGAUUGCAAACAACGAACUGCCCAAAGACUGGCCGAAGAGGAAGUUUCAGUCUGACCUGGUGCCUGAUGAUAAAAAGUUAAAAUACGCCCGCCCUGGCCUGCCUGCCUUCAGCCAGGAUGUGUUGAGGAAAUGGAAAAAUGAGGUGAAGCUUCAGAGGAAGGUCCACUGUCCCAACCAGGGCUGUGGCAGCACUUACACCAGUGUAUCUGGACUUAAGGCCCAUUUGGGACUCUGCACAAGGGGGGACUUUGAAGCUGGAAAAUACAGAUGCCUGAUCUGCAAUAAAGAGUUUAACUCAGAGAGUGGUGUGAAAUACCACAUCAACUCUGUCCAUUCACAGGACUGGUUUGUGACAAACAAAAAAGCUUCCAAGAAGUUUGAGAAGUUCCUCAGAAACCAGCCUAAGGAGUUUCUUCAUAACAUGGACAAGCAGAUCACAGAUCAGUACCACCACCACCUCCAGCAUUAUCAGCAUCAUCAUCACCACCACCACCACCAUCAGCAGCACCAGCUCCAUCAGCAUCCCCUGCAGCCACUGCAUCACCUCCAGCACCAGGCCCAGUUCCUCCAUCCAGAGCACCAGAACCUUCCUCCGCAGAUGGACACUCAGAUCCAGCAGCCGAUGAUGCACUAUACCCCUCUGGAGCCUCCUGCAGGGCCAGUGUGGGUGGACAUGGACCGAAGAGAAUUAGCGCCAAUUGAAAUGGAAAUAGAUGCUUCGGACCAACCAGGAGAGGACAGUAGUGAAGUUGUGGAGGUGAAGAGGAGAGAGAAGGGGGAGAGAGGAGGAGGAGAAGGAGAAGGGGAGAGGGGGAAGGUGGAUGAAAGGCAGAAGGAUUCUUUUGAAUUCAGUUCUAAUGGAGAAGCUGGUGUUGGUGCUGGUGGUGGGAGUGGGAAUGGGUGUGGCGGCAGCAGCAGUAGUACCAGUAACAGCAGUAACACUGGCAGCUCAUCCAGUGAAUCAGAGGUGGAGCAGCAGGACCGGCUGAAACAGAUGGACCAGUGGAACCUGAAAAGGCCAGAUGACAUGGAGGCUCACCCUGAGUCUGGAAAAGAACAGAGGAACACUUAAACAUAGACUAAUAACACUUGGGUGUUGUGCACCAGAGCUGAUUUUAAUGUAGAUUUUAUUAGAAAUAGAGGAUUCAGUAUGUGCAUCAUCCACAGGUCCAACAGGUGAGCAUGACGCCACGGACCUAAAACCUCUAGAGCUGGAGGCACCAACAGGGUUUACGUCUGGUCUUAAGCUAAGUCACUCAUAUCUUCCAACUUAGACAUACAUUAUCAUCAGUUGCACCACUAGGUUUAAGCCUCAUUCUUCCAAAAACAGAGCUGAAUUUACAUGCCUAUGUGGUAUAAAUCAAAAUGUGGGCUGUUAAAUGAUUUUUGUCAACACAACUUGGCAUAGUAAAAACAUUUGCUUGCAACAAUGAGUUUGUAACAACUCAUGGAAAAAACAAAUGUUCACUUCAUAAAUUAUUGCACAUUGCAGUGGUUUUCACAAAAUAUACUGGAGUUGCGCUUUUGGUUGCAGCAUUUUCAACAAGCUGAAGCUUUUUCAUCAUCUUUUUGGGGUUAGUGUCAAAAGACCGUUCAUCCAUUAACCCUGCUAGAAAAAAAACAUGGAUGAGUUUAUUUAGUUGACUUUUGACAUAAGCCGUGUUCAUUAGACUGUAAGAUAAACAUGAUGAGAUUUUUACUGUGUUUGCAUGACUUUUUAGUCUAAGAUGAGAAUAAACCAGAACACUAGUCUAAUUUAAUAUUUGGUUAGUUUAAUUUAGCUUGGCUGUCAUGAGUAAGAAUUGUUUUUGUUAAUUAUUAUGUAAUAAAUCACAAUCUGUUUUCAUCUUGAAGGGCAACUCGUGCAUUUUCUAAUAACAAUAGCAAUAUGCAACCUUUCAUUACAAAAUUGCAGCAUCCAAGCUGGUUGUUAUUACUUGCUGAAAUUAAAAUGUGUUACAUUUUCAGUAUUUGUACACAGUGUGUUGUUACACACCUCAUGCAUAGACUUUACAAUGUGUAGAUUUUCAGGUAAGAGACUUAUUCGGGACAGAACCAAAGCAAAUGUGCACAGGAUAUAAACAUAUUUUGGCCAUAUGAUAAUUUGAAAUGUGAAUGAAACAAAGUAAAGAUGAUCUGUUUGAAUAAAUGAAUUAAUGAUAGGAUUUCUUAUUUCACUAUAGGUGGAAAUUAGAGAUUAUACAUACUAGUACAUAAGUAAGAGGUUGUUGACAGUGAGACAAUAGAUAGACAAUAGUCACUGUCACAUGGUCACAAAUACAAGCCCAGGUGUAGUCUGGACUUGGUGUAAGUCCAGUUGGUGCAACCAGCUCCCGACGUUUUGGAGGUUGAGAAAGCUUUUCAUUUGAUGUUUGACUGAUAUCCUCACAACGUCAGCAUAGUUACGAAACCUUAUACACUUUUAAUUUAGAUGCUCUUUCUCUGUCUUCAAAUGGUUGUCAGUGUAUAGCCCUGAGAAAUGUAGUGUAACGUGUGUUUAUCUUUGAAAUGUGUCUUAUUCUUUUAACACGUUUGAUAAGCCCUUCUUGUCUCUCAUGUUUACCUAAAAGGGAAAAAAUACUUAAAGGAGAGGAUGAAGUAUAGUAUUUUGUUAGACUUGUCUAAGUGCUCUCUCUCUGAACAUAUUUUGUGCCUCUUAAGUAUGAUAUAUAUAUAUAUAUAUAUAUAUAUAUAAUCACUUCAUUCUACUCAUCGCCUGGUCUCAUUUUUACAUUCAGCACAUCAGCCUAAAUCAUAGUACACAUUCUCCUCAUUCUCUUCUUGUCUUCACCUCAUGAUCAUUUGUAUUUGAACUAAAUUUAAUUGUGCAGGCUAACAAAACAAUGAAUUCUCAGCAAUACAAAUGAGGUGAUAAUAGUUCAUAUCCAACAGUAGUAGCAGUAAGUAGCAGUUUAUCAUUCUGAUAAAUACACCCCUGUUUUCUUUUUAACCCUCAAAGACCUGAACAGCCACCAGUGACCAAAAGCAUCUACUGAUCAAAAAAGGUUAACUUAAUCCUAUCAACACGCUUAAAUAGUUCAGACAAAAAGCAACUUAUCACCUUUUCAGUAGAGUCAUAUGUGUCUUUUUUUGGAUGUUCAGAGACCUCGUAAACAUGGUCAUCUUCUGCAGAUUGUUGAUAGAUGUUUUUAUGUUUAGUUAAUGAUAUAUAUUGCAGAAACAAAUCAAUUUCUCUUCAGUUGUCACCGUUUUGAUGUAAUAACCUUUUACUUUAGUCUGAGCUCUUAUUAACGUUGACAUAUUCGGUAGGAAAAUACCUGAUUUCUACUGAAAAAUGUAAAAUGCAGCGGAUAAUGAUAUAAUAAAUGGUGAUCAAUUACUUAGGAAAGGUUGAAUGUAGAGGUAAAAAAAACUCAUUCAGAAGUUUUGGUCUUAAUGGGUUAAAGCAUCAUUUCCAUUCAUGUCUGUGCAUCAAAACAUAUUUAUCAUACGUCUUUGCCUGCAACUUCACUGUGAUAACAAAAACUCCCAUAAGUCUCUAGUCCUGUCGUUUGUCCGCAGAGAAACAUUUUCAGCACACGACUCAAUCAAAAGCCCAAAAUUAUUUCCAUUAUUAAUGUUAUUUGAUUUUAGAUGUUCAAGCGAGCCAUGGCUUAACAUCUCCCCCUUCAUCCAUCAGUCCUAGCUAUACUUAGCUGUAAGAAUCAACCUGUUAAAGUGUUAGUCUUUGUGAUUAGCGUCCAAAUGAAAUGGAAACAAAUAUAAUUCCUUUAAAGAUGGCAUCACUUGCCACAUAUGAACUUAAUCCUCUUGAUUGUGAAUUUCCAAGAAAAAGAAACAAGCCUACAGAUCCAUUUAAAACUUUUUUUUUUUCUUUUUUCAAUUUUAUUUGACAAAAAUUAAACUAGAUUUUUGACAGUUUUAGGUGAAAGGUCAGAAUAAGGUACUGUUUCCCUGCUAUGAAAACGAACUUUCAUGCUCAGCUUUCUAUUUGAAAUAAUCCAAGUAGGAUGGGUUUUACAUGACAAAAGCACAAGGUAAAAUCUGAAAUACAGCCGUUAUUGAUCACAAAAAACAACUUUGGCCAAUAAAUGUGACUAUAUGAUGCUGAGGGGAAAAAAUGGGUUUGUCAAUCAUAUUUCAGAGCAGACAAAUGGUCCAGAGUGUAUUUAUUAAUGAUCACAUGAACAGAGUAAUGUUGUUUUCACACAGCAGAUUUUUACUGCCAGUAUGUGUUAAAAUUCCAAGAGUUUAUGAGGAAUAUUGGUGGGGUUUUUUUUUUUCUUUAAAACCAGCCCUGUUUUUCUCAUUCUCAUGGAAUAUAAUACCCAAUAGCAUGUAACCUAAAGUUUAUGUACUCUGCAUUUUGUAUCUACUAUUGUGAUGUAUGGUUAUGGAUGGUUGUCAGUUGUUUGUCACAUCGGAACUCGAUUUGUUUUGGAUUAGUUUUGUACGACUCUUUUAUAUUAGAGGAGUUUUUUUCCCCCACUGUUUACUUCUGUUGAAUUCAGUUUGUCUUGUUAUCACUUUUAUUUAAUGUCAGUGUGAUUGCCCUUUAAUCUGUUAAAUAGUCAACAAAUUGUAUAUAUAUAUAUGCUGACAGAAAUAUGUUCUUUAUCUGUUCAAAGUGCUUUACCCUCCGUUAAUCUCCAUCAGAUGCCUUCUAGAAAAAACAGCCUGUUUUUUUUUUUUUUUAAUAAUUAAGGACAUGGGAAGUAUUUCAUGAAGCUUCUGUUUUUAUUCAUUUAACAUGCAGUGAUCUUCUUAUGAGUAAAUUAUUUACAGUCAUUAAUUUGGUAUUUACUUGUGGCUUAGUUUUAAAACUGUGAGCAGGACAACUGUGUGUUUUUGGUUUUUUUUCACAAAGACGCCUUACUCAAACGUUUUCUAAUUUUUUAACUAGAAUAAUAUUGCAGUUUCUCUGUGUUGGAGAAAGUAUUCAGACUCUCUACUUCAAAGUGAUACCUGAAAAUAAAAUGAAAUACUUGGAGGUACUCACUACAAUACAACACUAAAAAGUAAAUGUCUCAUGAGCUCAGAAAAAGAGGUUUCAACUUUGUCUUGAUGCACUUUCCAGCAAAUCAGUAAGAUUUACAGAGUUUAAAAAUUCAUGGGAAGGAAUGCUUCUAGGACCCAAAAAAAGAGUUGUUUGAGGAAAAAAGGAUUCAUAAAGUAGAUGACGAACAGGAAGAAAACUCCAAGGCACCUUAAGCAUUAAAAUACCUUUAUUCUCAUGGCAUGGUCAUAUUUGGCCUUAAAACACACUUCAAUGUGUUUUUGUUUCAUGCCUUCAUCAGGCAGUCAAACACUUGAUUUAAAGACAGUACCUUGGAGGUUUCUUCCUGUAUGUCAUCUAGUUUAUAGAGUUUAUUUAAAUUAAGUAGUAGGACAAUCUGAAAUUCAAUCUUUAAAAAAUGUAUUUAGUUAACUGUUAUUUAACCAGGUAUGUUACUUAAGAACUGAUUCUCAUUUUCAAUGACAACCUUGACAUGUAGAGACAAACACAAUCACUCUUACAUUCACACCCAGGGGCAAUUUAGAUUAACCGAUUAACCUAUCAGUGCAUGUGUUUGGAUGGUGUGAGGAAGCUGGAGUACACAGAGAGAAUCCACACAAACAUGGGGAGAACAUGCAAACUCCACAGAAAUAGGUGUUGGUCCUGGUGUUGGCAUCGAACUCAGGACCUUCUUGCUGUGAGGGGACCACUGUGCCGCCCAAAAACAAAAAAAAAAAAAAACAUGAUAUCCUUCAGUUUGUGACAAACUUUUAAAACUAGAGGGAGGUGAAACCUGUAUCUGAAAUAUAACUAAAGCUCUGAGACUAAUGCACUGCAGUUAAAAAGUACAAUAUAACUGCCUUUUGAGAUGCAGUGGAUACAAGUCAGAGAAAAAUGAGGGGGGGACUCUAGUAAAAAGUACAUUUACCUCAUUGUUAUUCUUAACAGAACUUAGAUUAAAGUUGAAAUACUCCCCAUGUCCUCUUAUGCUUGUGACCAAAUUGUUAUUGUCAUACAUGCACUUUGAACAGUGUAAUGCUCAGCAUUAAGACAUUUCAUUAAUGUUUUCACAAAUCAUACUUUAAUAGACUUUUCUGUGCCUCAGAACCUCUUUUAACACUUACAUAACGUUUAUCUUUAUACCAUACCCCUGUCUCAGUUUAUCCCAUGUUGCAUUGGAUGGAUUAUUUUUUACUUAAACUAAUUUUCACUGUGAUAAAACAUUUUUUCAGUG